AUGAGGGACUUCCCGUCCUGCUUCGGGGAGAGCGGCGUCCAGAUCGCGGACGCGGCGUCGUCGUCCACGUCGAGCGCCGGCACCAAGGGCGGCGCGGCGCAGAACCUGGUCACCUGCCUCUACCGGGCGCAGCUCGCCGGCCGGCCCUGCGCGAUCUCGGUCACCUGGAGCCGGAGCCUCAUGGGGCAAGGGCUCAGCGUCGGCGUCGACGACCUCUCCGGCUCCGGGCAGUGCCUCUGCAAGGCGGACAUCAAGCCCUGGCUCUUCUCCAAGAAGAAGGGGUCCAGGAGCCUGGACGCCGACGGCGGCAAGGUGGACAUCUUCUGGGACCUCUCCGGCGCCAGGUUCGGCGCGGGGCCAGAACCGCUAGAGGGGUUCUACGUCGCCGUGGUGUUCGACCUCGAGCUGGCGCUCCUGCUCGGCGACAUGAGGAAGGACGCCUACCGGAAGACCGGCGCCACCCGGCCCGUGUCCAACGCCGCGUUCGUGGCGAGGAGGGAGCACAUUUACGGCAAGAAGCUCUACUCCGCCAAGGCGCAGUUCUGCGACAAUGGCCAGUUCCAUGACCUCGUGAUAGAGUGCGACACCCUUGGCCUCAAGGACCCCUGCCUCGAGAUACGGAUCGACAAGAAGCCCGUCAUGCAGGUGAAGAGGCUGGCCUGGAAGUUCAGGGGCAACCAGACGAUCCUCGUCGACGGCCUGCCGGUGGAGGUGUUCUGGGACGUCCACAGCUGGCUCUUCGGGUCGACGACCAGCAAUGCGGUCUUCAUGUUCCAGACAUGUCAAGCGCCUGAGAAGUCGAUGCCGUGGUCGUACUCGCAGAUUUUCAGGGAGUCUAGAGCACAAGGUCUCGGCUUCUCGCUCAUCCUGUAUGCGUGGAAGAUCGAGUAGGCGUUUGCAGGGCAACAAUUUGCUUCUGCACCUGCCUCCUUCCUAGUGCUAACAAGCUGUUUCAGUGAGUGUCUGUUCUUUCCAAUGCUAUGGGGACUCCAAUAUAUGUUUUUUGUUCAUUUUUCUCUUAUCUUUUUUGGUUUUGCCAUCUUUUGUUAACGUUGCUGUUGAAUUGUCUGGCAAGAUUUUGUGACAUCCCAGUGUGUUUUUGUCACUUCUUUCCCUUCCUCGUGCCUAAGUGAUAUCGGUUCUAUUGCUCUAAAUACUAGGUGAACUAUGGCAAUGCUCUAAGAAAGAAUGUUGUCAUGAUGUAAGGUACAUACUCAAAGUUCAGAUACAGAGUAUUUGUUAAUGAUAAUAGUAUUGUCUAAUGA